GCAAGUUCCAUCCAAUUUUAUAGGCUAACAGAGAAUGUUGCAAUAAAUCAGAUUAUCUCAUGAUCUGAGCUGAUACUGUCGCACUACUAAAUCAUUCAAGGCAAUUAAACGUCACAUAAUACCAGAAAGACAAAGAAAAUGCACACAAAAAUAUCAGCGUUAUCUGUUGUUAUUUUGCUAACAUCAGCAGUAUUUUCUCUUCCAAGCGGAGACGGAAAUGAAAUUAGACAACAAGCAUCUUCAGAAGAACUGCAGGAUGUCGAAAGAGUGUCGGCCAAAAAUCCAGAACAGAUUCAUCUUGCAUACACCGGAGAAAUAGACUCCAUGUUCGUGACUUGGAGCACCUUGCUAGACGCUGAGAAGGGAUCUGCCACUUUCUUCUCAAAAGGCACUUCACCAAAAACAGUCGAAGCCUCCAAGACACCCCUGGUUCACACUGAUGAACUCAAUGGAAAAUACUUAACACGGACCACUUACACAUACAGGGCCACGAUGCGACCUCUUCUACCACAUACAACAUACACCUACUUUGUGCGAAAUGGACUGCGAGAGAGUGAAUCAUUCAACUUCACCACCUUCCCAAAUUCCACCUCUGAAGAUCCUUUCCUUCCCAGACUUACCAUAUAUGGAGACAUGGGAGCAGUGAACCACGUGUCACUUGCCAAGAUACAACAAGACCUGGACAAAAAAAACUUUGACAUGAUUAUUCAUAUCGGCGACUUCGCUUAUGACAUGAAUGGCUUUCUGGGAGGCAAGGGAGACUUGUUCAUGAAUGAAAUCCAGUCGGUGGCUGCCAGAGUACCCUACAAUGUGGCAGUUGGCAACCACGAGCACCACAACAACUUCUCCGAGUUUGCGGGAAGAUUCACAGGUCCAGCUCCCAGUGUUUUCUAUCAUAGCUUCAAUGUGGGACCCCUGCACAUCAUUAUGUUCAGCGCCGAAUUCUAUUUCUUCAUUAACUUCGGCACUGAACAAUUACAAGCACAGUACAACUGGAUAGUAGAGGACCUCGCCAGAGCCAACACCAAAGAAGCCAGAGAGGCCCAGCCAUGGAUAGUGGCUAUGGCUCAUAGGCCGAUGUACUGCAGCAGUCUCAGCCCCCUUGCUGCAUGUACCAAAGAGGACAACCCAAUGCGACUGGGAAUCGAGAGCAACUCCACCAGAUUGUAUGAGUUGGAACAAUUAUUUCUAGAAAAUGGGGUCGAUCUUCAGUUCUAUGCACACGAGCACAAUUAUGAGAGACUGCUGCCUAUAUAUCAGUACAAGUACGAACAAGUUGCAAACACUUCAGAAUACAAAGAUCCGAUCUAUCCAGUGCAAGUGAUCACCGGGUCUGCCGGCUGCCGUGAGUUCCGGGGCUUCUUCCGCUACCCUAAGCCAGACUGGAGUGUGUUCCGGACUAACGAGUACGGAUUCACAAGACUCAAAGUCAAAGACAGACUCACAAUUCAACUGGAGCAGUACAGCAUAGAACAGGCCAAAGUGGUGGACAAAUUCACUGUUUCCAAGUCUGGAAACUAUCCUAACUUUGGAGUUGGCAAGCCAGACAGAUUUUAGGAAAUCAAAUUAACAUAUUUGAAUCAAAGACUUGAUUUCCCAUAAU